ACUCUUGUCGAGUUCGUAGCCACGCACACGAUACAAAUAAGUCUAGGCAUAAAUGCUUAUGCAUAUGAUUGACGAAAAAGAUGAAAGGUCGUUUGGCUUUGAUUGUUUUUAUUUGCUAACUGGUGGUGGCGCGGAUGUAUUUGGAGGAUCUUGCUUUGCCGUCGACGAUUUCACGAUAUUCCCGUUCGGUUCCCAUUGACGAUCAGUCUACUACGAGAUCUAUAACGCGAUCGCGAGUGCAUGCAACAUUUGCUCCAAACUGUGUGAUUGAACUGGGUUCAAAUUUCGAAAGUGAUUUGGGUGGUUUUCGUGUGAUUGAAAUCUCUGUGAAGUUUAUUUGUGAUUAACAAAGAUAAAUAAAAUACACGCGAUCAUCGACGCAGGUUCAAGGGUCGUAUCUCGAUUGUGUGUGCCGGUUCUACCGUUGUGUGGUCAGUCGCGCGAUGCGCUCUAACUGGAUUUAUCCGCUGCUAUGGGCGGUCGUCAGCGUCACAACAUUGAAGCACGUUUCCUCCUAUCGUAUAUUGGGUCUGUUUGCGCAUCCUGGCUUGAGUCACUUUAAGGUAUUCCAUCCGAUUAUGCGCGGACUGGCCGAAGCCGGCCAUCAGGUGACGGUGGUCAGCUACUUCCCGUCGUUGGACGAACCGCACCCGAACUAUGUGGAUUUCACCUUCCAAGGUCAGGAACUGCUGACUAAUGCGUUUAGUCUUGAGGGCUUCUCUAGGCGAACGUUUCUGGACAACUUUGUGGAGUUCUUUGAGCUUGCCAGCUGGGGAUUUGAAACAUGCUCAACAGCCUUGAACUCUCCUGCGCUGGAUCAGGUAUUGGCGUUACAUCGUUCGAAGCCAUUUGAUUUGAUUGUAACGGAGUUCUUCUCAACGGAUUGUAUGCUUGGGGUAAGCCACGUGAUGCAAGUACCGUUUGCAGGACUCAGUAGCUGCGCUUUGAUGCCGUGGCACUACGCGCGAGUAGGCCUGCCGGAUAGCCCCGCGUACAUUCCAUCCGAGUUCAGUACGUUUUCGGAGCGUAUGGGAUUUUGGGAGCGAUUCGAGAAUUGGUUUGUCAUAAGAUCGGUGAAUUUAUUGUACCGCAUUAUGGAGUGGAAUGACAAUCGAUUGUUGGCGAUUAAGUUCGGUGCCGGGAUCCCGGCUGUUAGAGACAUUGCUCGAAAUACCAGUUUGAUUUUGGUUAACCAGCACUACACGUUGAGCGGUGCGAGGCCUCUGGUGCCAGCGGUCGUGGAAAUUGGAGGUGUGCACAUUCAAAAUCAGAAACGACUACCCACGGAUAUUCAGGAAUUGUUGGAUGGAUCUCCUGAAGGGGUGAUAGUGAUUUCGUGGGGAUCGGUUUUGCGGGCUUCGACAUUGCCGCAGGAGAAACGGGAUGCUAUAAUUAACGCUCUAAGUCAAAUUCCUAUGAAAGUAUUGUGGAAAUGGGAGGAUGAUAGCCCUAAAGAUCUCCCAAAGAAUGUGAUUGUGCGGAAGUGGCUCCCACAACGAGAUGUUCUUUGUCAUCCUAACGUUCAUUUAUUCCUGUCUCACGGAGGAUUGUUGGGAGUAUCGGAAGCUGUGCACUGUAGUGUUCCUGUAGUUACAACCCCCAUCUACGGUGAUCAACACCUCAAUGCGGCAGCCUUGGAUAAUCGGGGUAUGGGCAUCACGAUGCAUUACCAUAAGAUUACACCUGAGUACGUGCUGAAGUGUAUUCGAGCUGCCCUAGAUCCGAGCAUACGGGAAGCAGCCAUUGCUGUUUCGGAAGCCUACGGACAUAGACCACAAACUCCAGUCGAGCUAGCCGUUUGGUCAAUAGAGAACGUUUUGAAAAAUGGAGUGCGCAGACUUGAUAGAUCAUAUGGGAGCCAGCUAUCAGUUGUAGUUUACGAGUCUUUGGAUGUUAUACUGGUGCUUGGUGUUGUGAUAGCCUUGACUCUUACGAGUAUAUAUUUGAUAUCUAAAAGAAUAUCUAGUUUAUUCGAGGCUAAGCAACGGGUUGUCAAGAAAACCAAGCGAUCCUGAAUAUACAUUUUUAAAGAAUAAGUUCAAUUAAUAAACUUAUUUCUAAACGAA